GGUGUUUAGUUCAAUUGAAGCGUUCGUCGUGUUAAUACUGUUUACAAUUUCUUUAUUGAGAGAAUAUUUUUUAUUUACAAUGAAGUUUUCGUGUGUUUUAUUGAUGGUGUUCGCUAUAUUGCCAUCACAUCUUAUUUUAGGUCAAAUCAAAACUAGACAACCGGUUUUGGGAAGCCUUCUACAAGGCUACAAUUCUUCGACAGAUUUAUAUAAAUCGGAGAAUUUGUAUAAUUCUACUAAUGCAGCAUUGCCAGCAUCGAAUUACAAUAUUCAGUCUGUACCAAGUCAAUUGGUUUUCAUAGAUAAGACAGCCGAAUUUUUAAAUGUAACAAGAUCAAAAAUGGCAUCGGGAAUUUGUUAUACUGAAGUUCCAACUGCAUCACUUGUCCGCAACUUAAAUGCCAUUCCCAGUGGUAACGGUUCGACCCCAACAAUGAGUCGCAUUCAAAUAUGCUGUGAAGGUUACGAACGCAAUCCCCACAUUUACCGAAAAUGUGAUCCAAUAUGUCGAGAUGAUUGUCCCAAUGGUAUUUGUACAGGUCCAGAAACUUGCCUUUGUCUGCCAGGAAAUGUUCGUGACUACGAAGAAAAUUGCGUUCCAAUAUGCCCGAUUGGUUGUCGCAAUGGCAACUGCCAACCAGACGGAUCAUGUGUUUGUAAGCCUGGUUAUAUUUUGGAUGCUGUUACAAAACAGUUCUGUAAGCCACAUUGCAGCAAAGGAUGUGGCGUUGGCAUGUGUGUCGCCCCCGACACUUGUCGUUGUUCUCCAAAGUACGAGUUAUCUCCAGAAGGAAUUUGCCUACCAAAAUGUGAAAACUGUCAGCAUGGAACUUGUACAGCUCCAGGAAUUUGUAAUUGUAAUGUGGGUUAUAUACGAAAGGAAAAUGUUUGCGAGCCGGUGUGUACUAAAGGAUGUGUUAAGGGAUCAUGCACUGCUCCCGAAACUUGUACCUGUAAGCCUGGAUUUGAUCUUGAUGCCACCAAAGCCAACUGCGUACCUCAUUGUGACAAACCUUGUUUGAACGGAUUCUGUGAUGGCCACAAUAUUUGUUCUUGUAAUUUCGGUUACAUUUUGGAUGAGACCCAGCCGAAUGUCUGUAAGGCUCAUUGUCCGGCUGGAUGCCUCAAUGGAUAUUGUACUUCUCCAAACUUCUGUAUUUGUAAGCCAGGCUUUAUAAAAAGUGGAAUUAAGGGCCGACAAACUUGUGUACCAUUGUAAUUUGAUUACAUGAUUUUUUAAAAAAAAUAAUAAAAUCUAUUUUUCUAAAUGCGUUAUUUGAAAUAAAAAGAA